GUGUCAUCCUCCAGCGAGUAGCCCGACCUGUGCUCACCGCAUCGCCGCUUGUCUGUGACUGAAACCCGCCUGGGAAAAUUAUAGAGGGGGAGGAGGAGGAGGGCGGGAGAGCCUGUGUGUUUCCCCCACCGUCACAGUGAUCUGAACAGUGGGGAAGCUCAGACUCGGGAUCUGCUACGUCAAACAGAUUAGUGAAAUCACCUCUCCGGGUAGGACAGACAUACCUCCCCUCUUGGCUGCAUGCAUGGGGCUGAGGACGCACCAUAGUCAACGCUGACAAAGAGCCAGGAAGCCCUUGACGAAACAGAGAAGUGCACUACUUUUUUUUCUUCUUUUUCUUGUUUUUUUUUUUUGUCUGGGUGAGGAUCCUCCGGCUGCCUCCUCUUCCUUUCCUUUCCUCCUCCCCACCUCCUGGUGCGAAAUGGCGAAAGAAAACGGCGAUGGAUCUUGGAAAAAGCAUGUCGAUGAUAUCAAGAUAUUAUUUGACUUCAAGGAAGUCCUUGGGACCGGUGCAUUUUCAGAGGUGGUGAUGGCUCAGGAGAAGGCCACAGGGAAGAUGGUCGCAAUCAAGUGCAUCCCAAAGAAAGCACUGAAAGGGAAGGAGACGAGCAUCGAGAAUGAAAUCGCCGUGCUUAGGAAGAUCAAACAUGAGAAUAUUGUGGCUUUGGAGGACAUCUACGAGAGUUCAAACCACCUGUACCUCAUAAUGCAACUGGUGUCUGGAGGUGAGCUGUUUGACCGCAUCGUGGAGAAAGGUUUCUACACAGAGAUGGAUGCCAGUCGACUUAUUCGACAGGUCCUGGAUGCAGUCAACUACCUACAUGCUAUGGGUAUAGUGCACAGAGACCUGAAGCCUGAGAACCUGCUCUACUUCAGUCCACAUGAUGAAUCAAAGAUCAUGAUCAGCGACUUCGGAUUGUCAAAGAUGGAAGGAACAGGUGACGUGAUGGCAACUGCCUGUGGGACUCCAGGAUACGUGGCGCCUGAGGUUUUAGCUCAGAAGCCCUACAGUAAAGCUGUGGACUGCUGGUCUAUUGGGGUGAUCGCUUAUAUUCUGCUGUGCGGCUAUCCUCCUUUUUAUGAUGAGAACGACUCAAAGCUCUUUGAACAAAUUCUCAAGGCAGACUACGAGUUUGAUGCGCCGUAUUGGGAUGAUAUAUCGGACUCUGCCAAAGACUUUAUCAGCAGCCUCAUGGAGAAAGACCCAGAGAAGAGAUUUACAUGUGACCAGGCUCUUGAGCACCCUUGGAUUGCUGGCGACACUGCUCUCUGCAAGAACAUACAUGAGUCAGUCAGUCGGCAGAUGAGGAAAAACUUUGCUAAAAGCAAAUGGAGGCAAGCGUUUAAUGCGACGGCUGUGAUUCGCCACAUGAGGCGCCUGCAGCUGGGCACCAGCUUUGGCAGCAGCAUUCAAAGCAACAACACCAUAUCCAACCCUCAGAGCCGCGCUCCAGCCAAGAGUCAGUCUGUGGACUGUGCCCCGCUCUCCCUGAAGGACUGUCCUUCAAUAGCACCGCUGUCAUCUGCUGUUAAGGUUUACAAUCAGGACUCUGACACCACCUCUCCUAUAUGUGAGGAGCCCUCUGUGGUGGCGGAGGCGCCAAGACCACGCCCCUCCACGGUUACUGUCAUCCACACUGGGACUAAAUGACGCCAGGUUCCGCGGGAAGUGAGCUGGGAGACCACAGAGCUUUGAGAUGGGGAUUAAAUCCUUCCAGGCCUUGUGAUCAAAAGUCGUCGCCCAGUUUGCUUAUCCCGCAACCUCCCACCUGAUUCUGCCAACCAACGGGAGGAAUUUUAGGAGUGUUGGUCCAGCUCCAUUUAUGUUGGCUCAACAUAGCACCCCCUUCUUUGUCGCAGAGAUGUGGAAGUGCAGAGGGGAAGAUGCUCACCAGAAGAUGUUGUGAAGGCCAUGUUCAGCCUGGUUCUUGGUUGACAUGGAAGAUAAACUUGCAGCUGGUCUUAGAAGUGCCACACUUUAAGGAACUCUUAUUCUAAGCUGCUAUCUUUUUUUGACCGUGAGCGUCCUGAGACGUGACGCUCCGCUGUUUGCCUUGUGUAAAUAUCCUGCCUGGAACUGUUGAGUGGAGUCAUGUUAUGCAAGUGAAAUAUACAGUGAGCUUCAAGCCGUGGUGAAUAAUUGUGACAUCAUCUACACUUGUUUUAACAGCUCUUGUUAAUUUGCUGUGGUGUUUGCUCCAAUGGUUCCACAGGGUCUUAACUCCCAGCAGUGACAGUGUGCGUUAUCUGUUUGCUUUAAAGCGUGUGGACAUGAACACGAGUGGGACAGUGCGCUUUAAUCACCGCUGUGAUCACUGAAAAGGCCAGUGCUUUGCACUUAUGUAUUGGACUAUUUAUUUUCAUACAUUAUAUUAUGACUUUUGUAAAAAUAGCACUGGCAGAGAUGUGUAAAUGUAUAUCAGACUGGACUGAAAAGCUAUUGAACUGAAUGAUAAAGAUAUGAUAAUCUACUAGUUGUUACUUUGUAAUUGCUGUUAAAUUUUAAUGACUAGUUCUGACUUGACUGUGAAGUCCUCCUUGACCACAGGAGGGCAACCAUGUGUUGUUGUUGUGUGACCAGUUCUCAGGGAUGUGCGCCAACAUAAAGCUAACCAAACCUCCUCUCAGAGUGAUCAGACGCCACUUAUGGAUGCAGAAUGUUUGAAAUGUGGUGAAGAAAACCUCCAAAAAAACUGCAUAUUGCUCUAAUGUGCCAUUGGGAGAUACUUUCUUUCUUUAAAUCCAUCAUUUUUUUACAGCGUGAGUGUAAUAUAACUCACACUAAUGGAUUAUUUUCCCUUUAAAAUUUUUAAAUUAUGCUGUGGAUUUAAAGAAAGUUUUUAAGAGUGAAGUGUACAAUCAUUUCUUUAAAAAACUGAAGGCUUAAAAAGACAAAGAAAUGCAACUGUAACUCGGAGAACUCCCAUUGCAGCAUUGUCAAAUCAGUAGUGUGCAGUUCAGUGGUUGUGAUAUCGUGCUCUGCUCCCGCUCAUAAAGUGGCUGGUCUGAGAACAGCUCGCUCUCUCUGUUUAAUCACUGUGCUUUUCCUACCAGCCUGUUGAAUUUAGCAGGAUGACUCUUUCUCCUUCUCUCUCAAGACUCUCAUGCAGCAGAGAGAAGGCAUCUGUCUUUGUAUUUACUUCUGUGGUUCCUCUAUUGGAUUUUAAAUCACUGAACAUGAACUAGGGGGAAACAACUGCACCAUAACAUGAAUUAAAUUAUAUGACAACUGUUGUGGUGACUUUGAGCCUUGUUGUAGUGUAAAUACAAAUCUCAACAACACAGUUUAGCUCGGGUCUUGAUUGUUUUUAUUUCCGUCUUCCCUGUUUUCCCCACCCCAAAUAAAACAAACAGAAAGCAAAAUAUGAUGAAUUGAAUGCCCUCAGUAUGCAUGUAUUACUUAUUGCAUAAAUGUGCUUUGGAUUUGUAGAUUUCUGUAUUAAAAAUGAGGUUUGUUUUCA